GGUGCCCCCAGCCCCAGCACCCUGAGGUUCCCCCCCCCACACUGAGCAGGGACACAAGCGGGCUCAAGCCGCCCCGGGCGAGCUUCCCCCCGCCCCGUAUGCAAAUGUACCCAAAUGAGGGGGGCGUGGCGGCACCAGACCCCUCCCCUCUAUAAGAAGUUCGCUGCGGCGGGGAUUGCAGCAGCCGCAGCUCCGCACCGAGCCCCGCCGCACCGAGCCGCCGGGACAACCCGGGCCCCCCCCCCGCAGCAUGGUGAGUGCCGCGAGUGCAUCUCCGUCCACGUCGGCCAGGCCGGCGUCCAGAUGGGCAACACGUGCUGGGAGCUGUACUGCCUGGAGCACGGCAUCCAGCCCGACGGGCAGAUGCCCAGCGACAAGACCAUCGGCGGGGGCGACGACUCCUUCACCACCUUCUUCUGCGAGACCGGUGCCGGGAAGCACGUCCCGCGGGCCAUCUUCGUGGACCUGGAGCCCACCGUGAUCGAUGAGGUGCGGGCUGGGAUCUACCGGCAGCUCUUCCACCCCGAGCAGCUCAUCACCGGCAAGGAGGACGCUGCCAACAACUAUGCCCGCGGGCACUACACCAUCGGCAAGGAGAUCAUCGACCAAGUGCUGGACAGGAUCCGCAAGCUGGCUGACCAGUGCACGGGCCUCCAGGGCUUCCUCGUGUUUCGCAGUUUCGGAGGUGGCACCGGCUCCGGAUUCACCUCCCUGCUGAUGGAGCGACUCUCUGUUGACUACGGCAAGAAGUCCAAGCUCGAGUUCUCCAUCUACCCUGCCCCACAGGUCUCCACCGCCGUGGUGGAGCCCUACAACUCCAUCCUCACCACCCACACCACCCUGGAGCACUCGGACUGUGCCUUCAUGGUGGACAACGAGGCCAUCUACGACAUCUGCCGCAGGAACCUGGACAUCGAGCGCCCAACCUACACCAACCUCAAUCGCCUCAUCAGUCAGAUCGUCUCCUCCAUCACCGCCUCGUUGAGGUUUGACGGGGCCCUGAACGUUGACCUGACGGAGUUCCAGACCAACCUGGUGCCCUACCCUCGCAUCCACUUCCCCCUGGCCACCUACGCCCCCGUCAUCUCUGCAGAGAAGGCCUACCACGAGCAGCUGUCGGUGGCCGAGAUCACCAACUCGUGCUUCGAGCCGGCCAACCAGAUGGUGAAGUGCGACCCUCGGCACGGCAAGUACAUGGCGUGCUGCCUGCUGUACCGCGGGGACGUGGUGCCCAAGGACGUCAACGCCGCCAUCGCCACCAUCAAGACCAAGCGCAGCAUCCAGUUCGUGGACUGGUGCCCCACGGGCUUCAAGGUGGGCAUCAACUACCAGCCGCCCACCGUGGUGCCGGGGGGGGACCUGGCCAAGGUGCAGCGCGCCGUCUGCAUGCUGAGCAACACCACGGCCAUCGCCGAGGCCUGGGCUCGCCUCGACCACAAGUUCGACCUGAUGUACGCCAAGCGCGCCUUCGUGCACUGGUACGUGGGCGAGGGCAUGGAGGAGGGCGAGUUCUCCGAGGCGCGCGAGGACAUGGCUGCCCUGGAGAAGGAUUACGAGGAGGUGGGCCUGGACUCCUACGAGGACGAAGAGGAGGGCGAGGAGUAGAGACGCCACGGCCCAAGAGGACCUUGCUCCUUUUCCCGUGUCCCCUGCGGGAACCCUUUGCAAUAAACCGUUUGAGAGCCUCCGUGUCUCCCAGUAA